GUCUCGCACGUCGCAAGCAUUUACGAAUUUGCAGUCAAAAUUAAUGAUUCAGUUAAUUUUUAAAAUUCUUAUCUAGAGUCAACAAAUGAGCGCAGCCUCCUAAACCAGUCCAGAAAUAUCAAUAACAUUAGCAUUCCAUUCAUUAAGUUUGUGAGACAAUGUCUAGUAUUUCGGGAAACAGACAUGUCGUUGACGGGUCUCAAGAAGUUCGGGAGACAGACAGCAAUGCCACUCUUCCCGCGGACGCUGUUUCGGAUGGAUCGUCCGCGGUUAAACAGUCCCUUCGGGACCCGGAAGCUGCAACCGAAGAAGCUCAGAAAAGCGGCACGAUGACACCGUUCUCAUUUUUCACAACCAAGCGCGUGGUACUGGGACUCAUGGAUGUCGCACUGUUAACAGCCAAUGCAACGCAGCUGCGUGAUGUUAUGGAACUUCCUUAUCAUCCCUUCAAAUGUGGAGCCUUCAUUCUGCUGGUUAUCUCCAUUGUUUUUCAGUUGCUGGCAACUGGAAUAUUUUUGGCGGUGUAUUGGUGGGACAACAAAAGCUAUGAUAAAGAGCGUCCGUUGAUCAUUGAUCCACAGCGUCGAAUGAUUCUGGAUAUCUUUUUUGGCCUUUUGUCCUUGCUGGGAAUGGGUUGCGUUGUUGUGAUUCUAGCUGCCAACAUUUUUAUUGCCGCUUUUUUACCGACACCAUCCGAUCACUUUACUGGACACGGAAUGACUAACACGAGCAAGUGCUUUUUCGAAUGAAAAUGCGAUACUUAAAAUGAGUACCUACUUGUUGUCUAUUACUGAUGUGUGUGUUUAACAUUGCUGUUAAAUAGUGUAUUAGUACCUUAUUGAACUUAUUGUCUUCGUUGAAUCAUUUUAACGGUGUGGAUGGAGCCCGGUAUAUUGCAGUAACCCGUGUUAAACUUUAUGCUUCGCUCGCGAAACUGUUUUGUUAUUUGAAUGCGUCGACUUCGACGCUGAUUUACCUGACUUCGUGUAUUGUACGUACAGAAUGCAAGAAGAAGUAUUGCACCUCUAU